AAAAGGGAGGGGAAAGUUUGGGUCACAGAGAGAACACCUACCAAUGACUAACUGACUGUCCAAAACACCUAGAGAGCAAGAAAGAGGUAAUUGAAGUUUUUACACCUGUAUAUUCAUUGCAUUUGUUUUGAGGUUACAAUUUUGCAAGGUGUUCUCAUUUCAGUCAAUGUACUUUUUUCCUUUGAAUUACAUGAUCAUUGCAACAUUUCUUACUAUAAGAGGUGACAUGAGGCUAAGGAAAGGGAGUGGCUGAGUUAUAGGCUAAGGUAAACCGCAGAGGUGUGUAAUACAAGUAAAGAGGAAAAUAUAGGGGAUUGUCAUAUAUGGUUGAAGAAGCAUACAGAGGACAGGUGCUUUGGAAGACAAAUUGCAUCUGAUUCAGGAUUCAAAUCUAAAUCACAUUUCUCAGGACAGCAGGAAGGUGACAGGACACUAUACUGGUUCUAGAAAUAAGCAAAACAAAUCUUCUGGGCUAUAUUUCGAGGGUCCUAGAAAAGGUCAUCUGCUGCACUCAUGGGAACCAUGGCAAGUUACUUGUACUACCUGCUCCCAGCAAUAGGGGGCUAUGCUCUCACGUCACUCUACUUUCUGAGGAACCCUCAUAUUCUUCAUAAGAGAAAGAAGACGGCUUUCUACUGUACCCACAUUUCUCAUAGAGGAGGCUGUGGUGAAAGGAUUGAGAACACAUUGGAGGCCUUUACACAUGCUGUUGACAUGGGCACCGAGAUGCUGGAGCUGGACUGUCACUUGACCAAAGAUGGUCAUGUGGUUGUGUCACAUGAUGAAGAACUCCUGAGGCAGACUGGGCACGACGUUUCCAUCUCCUCCUUAAACCUGGAGGACUUGCCACUUUAUAAAGAGACACUCGAGGUUACCUUCAAGACAGGUCACUACAGCACUGGGUCAGAGAGAAACAUUGCUUUAUUAGAGGAUGUGUUCCGCAAAUUUCCUCACAUGCCUGUGAACAUUGAAGUGAAAGAGGAUAACUGUUCACUAAUUGGAAAGGUUUCUGAUCUUGUGAAGAAAUACAACAGAGAAGGCAUCUCAGUUUGGGCGUCUGAGGACUCAACCAUCAUAGCCCACUGUCGCAAAGUGAAUCCCUCCAUGCCCUAUGCGUUCACUCAAAAGAGAGGUUUACUGCUGUUACUCUUGUAUUAUACCGGCCUUCUACCAUUUGUCCCACUGGGAGAAAGUUUUUUGCAGUUCUACUUGCCACAAAUCAUUAACAGAGCAUUCACACCAGACACGUGGAUUCUGAAAAACAGUUUUGUGGUCUUCUUAAUUGACAGACUGACUAUGCGAAAAGGGAUGUUCAAGCACCUUAGAGAAAGAGGAAUUCAGAUUCAUCUCUUUGUGUGUAAUGAAGAACAGGAUAUUGAGGCAGCAUUUUCUCUGGGAGCAACUGGAGUCAUGAGCGACUAUCCCUCCCUUUUGUCAAACUAUAUGAAAACGCGCAAACAAGCCAACUGAUAAACAAGAUACAGAGCAUAUACUCCACCCAUUUUGUCAAACACUCAAAUACUGUUUACCUUUAAACAUGCAUAUGUUUCUUACUAACAAUGCCUACAAUACGUAGCAAUUAAUCAAACCUUGGUCUACUAAUAACACAAGAUUUACUGCAUUCCUAUUACAGUAUGAGAGUUAUAUACAAGUGGUAACACAUGCAAAAAUAAAUAAACAAUAUAAAAAACGA